CCAACUCCCCCAAAACCAAAAUAUAAAAAGACUCGCUAAAUCCGCCAAAGACCAUAAAGGAGACCUAAAAAUCGAAAACUCAACCGAACCCAUUAAUCGAAAUCUCGAUAUCUUUUAGAAAGUUUGAGUCUUUUUUUCUUGUUUGGUCGGAAAUGGAUGCUUUGCCGGACGAUGAAGAGUACACUUUCAGGGAAGUGGUGUUGCCGUCGUUGAUUCCUGUAGUGCCGGAACCUGAGUUGGAGAGAGAGAGCGGAGAGAGGAGAAGAGGAAGAGACGUAAUCGUAUCCGUUGAUCAUGGUCCCAAUAGCAAACACGCCUUUGACUGGGCUCUUGCUCAUUUCUGUCGUCUCGCCGAUACUCUUCACCUUGUUCACGUCGUCUCAAGUGUUAAGAACGAUGUUGUGUAUGAGACGAGCCAAGCGCUGCUGGAGAAACUCGCUCUUGAGGCUUUUCAAGUCGCCAUGGUGAAGUGUGUGGCUCGUGUCAUUGAAGGCGAUGCUGGUAAAGUAAUUUGCAAGGAAGCAGAGAGACUUAAGCCUGCGGCUGUGAUUUUGGGUACACGAGGCCGGAGCUUAGUAAGAAGCGUGUUACAAGGAAGCGUUAGCGAGUAUUGUUUCCACAAUUGCAAAUCCGCUCCCGUCAUUAUUGUUCCUGGGACAGAAGCUGGAGAUGAGUCGAUUGUAGACUGGAAACGAUCAGGGGAUCUAAAAGACUAAAACCAUAAAGAUGAUCGUACAAGUAUUUCCACCAAGACUGUUUUGUUUUCCAUCUUUCUUGCUAUUGUUGCAGUCUUUGGUUCAGUGUAUGUUGUUUUGGUUCUUCUGUGUGUGUGUUGCUUUGGCUUUUGUAGUUUCAAGUUUUGUGAAUUAAAACACUUGCUCAGGAAUGAGAUUUAUUGUAUGUAAUGGUGUGCGAUGUGUUUUUAGUAAACGAAGCUUCUUUAA